AGAGAAGAGGAGGGGACUGUGAGAAAUGAUGGAAAGAAAGAAGGAAAGUGUGGACGAAGAGGAGGAGGAGGAGUAAGCGAGAGAGAGAGCGAGCGAGGAGGACCCUCUCUCUCUUCCUCUUUCUCUCUCCUCCACACACACACACACAGUCCCAUACACAUUCGCAGCAGCUGUGCCGCUGUCAGUCCUGGAAUGUAAGCGCUGCCGUCAGGAGUCCGAUUCUCCAACCGCUAAGCGCCGAGACGGAGCAGCGCUCACUGAGACACACAGAUGGAUGCUAAGCAGAGCAAAACCAAAGAAAUCUAAAGGACACGAGUGAAAGGAAAUACAAUGCCUGUUCUGCCACGGCUACCUUUCAGCUUAUUUCCAUAAUUCACAAGUCAUUCUGGACGCUUCCCUGCCGAUUGGAUACCAUGAUAGGCAAUCAAGCUCUGCUCCUGUUGAUGCUCUAUUUCCUGUGGCCCAGUACUGCCCUGCCUUUCAUUACUGGGAAUAUUGGGAAUCUGUUUGGGAUGCCAGAGAGUGAUGGGAAGGUUCUUCAGCGUUCCAAACGGGGAUGGAUGUGGAAUCAAUUCUUUCUGCUCGAAGAGUACACAGGAAAUGACCACCAAUACGUUGGCAAGCUGCACUCUAAUGCGGACAAAGGCGACGGCACCGUGAAGUACGUCCUGACCGGAGACGGGGCUGGAACCCUGUUUCUGAUCGACGAGAAAUCCGGAGACAUCCACGCCACCAAGCGGCUGGACCGGGAAGAGAAAGCCAUGUACACGCUUCACGCCAAGGUCUUGGACAGAAACACGAACGCAGAACUCGAACCUGACACAGAAUUUAACAUAAAAAUCCACGACAUCAACGACAACGCGCCCAGAUUUGAAAAGGAAGUGUACUACGCCAGCGUCCCUGAAAUGUCUGAAGUUGGUACGUCUGUGGUCACAGUGACUGCCAGUGACGCCGAUGAUCAAACAUACGGAAACAGCGCCAAGCUGGUCUAUAGCAUCCUGCAGGGGCAGCCAUAUUUCUCUGUGGACUCAGAAAACGGAACCAUAAAGACGGCUCUACCUGGCAUGGACAGAGAGGUGAAGGAGCACUACCAGGUUGUAAUUCAGGCCAAAGACAUGGCCGGACAGAUGGGCGGGCUUUCAGGGACCACGACAGUCAGCAUCACCCUCUCUGACGUAAACGACAGUCCGCCUCGCUUCGCCAACCAUUCCUUCAGAGUGACUACAGUGGAGUCUACGGAGAUAGGUGGCGCCAUCGGACGCAUCAAGGCCGAUGAUCCCGAUGUGGGCCUCAACGCUGAGAUGGAGUACAGCAUCGUUGGCGGCCAUGACACUUUCAACAUCAUCACUGACCAAGCAACGCAGGAAGGAAUCAUCGUUAUCAAAAAGGCGCUGGAUUAUGAAAGUAAGAGGGACUACGAGUUCAGAGUGGAGGUGAAAAACACCUACUUAGACGCCAGGUUCAUCCACGGCGUGCAGUUCAAAGACUACGCCACGGUCAAGGUGACGGUGGAGGAUGUGGACGAGCCACCCGUCUUCGCCCGCAACCCUUACAUCAUCGAAGUUCACGAGGACACGGCCGCCGGCAGCUUCGUCGGCAUUGUGCUGGCCAGAGAUCCUGACGCAGAAAACAAGCCAGUGAAAUACUCCAUUGACCGACACACGGAUCUUGAAAGGCUGUUCAACAUAGAUUCUGUAAACGGCACCAUCACAACACUGAAAUCCCUCGACAGAGAAAUGUCCAAAUGGCACAACAUCUCUGUGGUGGCCACCGAAAUAAGUAACUUCCUCCCUCAGGUCCUCAAACAGCUCUCUUCAGUCCUGAAAUACGUGACAAAAUUUAUUUUUUGUGUUUCAGACAACCCUCGGCAGACGACUCGAGUGCCCGUGUUCAUCAAGGUGUUGGACGUCAACGACAACGCUCCAGAGUUCGCCAUGUCCUACGACACCUUUGUCUGUGAAAAUGUCAAGGCAGGACAGCUGAUUCAGACAAUCAGCGCUGUUGACACAGAUGAACCACUUGUCGGGCACAAGUUUGUCUUCAGCAUAAGCGCCACCAACCCAAACUUCACCAUCGUUGACAAGGACGACAACACUGCCAACAUCCUGACGAGGAGGGGCGGGUUCAGCCGGCGUGAGAUGAGCAUGUACUUCCUCCCCGUCGUGAUCUCCGACAACGACUACCCCAUCCAGAGCAGCACCAGCACGCUGGUGGUCCGCGUGUGCGCCUGCGACAGCCGCGGCAACAUGCAGUCCUGCAGCCCGGAGGUGCUGCCCUUCUCAGAUGGCCUCACCACCGGAGCGCUGGUGGCCAUCCUGCUCUGCGUGAUCAUCCUGCUCAUGAUCGUGGUGCUGUUCGCUGCCCUGAGGAGACAGAGGAAGAAGGAGCCUCUGAUCAUCUCCAAAGAGGAUGUCAGAGACAACGUUGUCAGCUACAACGACGAGGGCGGAGGAGAGGAGGACACUCAGGCCUUUGAUAUCGGCACGCUGCGCAACCCGGAGGUGAUGGAUGCUAACAAGCUUCGCAGGGACAUCAUACCCGAAAUGCUGUUUCCGUUUCGGAGGACAUCACCAAUAAAGGAUAACACAGAUGUGAGAGACUUCAUAAACGGGCGGCUGCAGGAGAACGACGCCGACCCCACGGCGCCCCCUUACGACUCCCUGGCGACCUACGCAUACGAGGGAACCGGGUCCCUGGCGGAGUCCCUGAGCUCGCUGGAGUCCGCCGCCACCGAGGGCGACCACGACUACGAUUACCUCAGCAACUGGGGACCACAGUUCAAAAAGCUGGCGGAGAUGUACAUAGGGAGAAGCCCUGACAGAGAGACCUAAACGAAGCCAUCCGUCUCUCUAUAAUCCAAACUCCUUUUCAAUGUCCUUUCGGCUAACUAGCUAGCCAGACACAAGUCGGUCUAGUUAGUUAACUAGCCUGUCUGUCUUAAUAUCUAUCAAGCUAUCUGUUUGUCUAGUUUGCUAGCUAGCUUGAUAGUCAACUGGUUGUCUGUUUGCUCCACCUACAAAUGUGCGUGAAAAUGCACAAACUCAUGCGCACUAUAUUAAACCCUCAUGUGGAAGCUUACCUGGAAACAGGAAAGCUGUGUUCGAAAUGUUCACUCACAAAAUUCUACUCCACGAUAAAUUGUCCCAGUAAUUAUCGUGAUCAACGAUAAUAUUGUUGCUUGAUGCCUUUUAAAGUAAUAUAUAUAAUCAAUUUUGCCUAUUCUUAGGUGGAAAUGGGAAAGCUAUGUUCAAAAUGUUCACAAAAUUUUAAUAAGAAAUUGCCACAUUAAUUACCGUGAUAUAUGAUCAGUAACAAUAAUAAAGUAGGUGGAAAAGAAUCGUUUCCAUAUCAGUUUCCUUCAAUAAAAGUCUUUAUGAGACUUCAGCUAAAAGUGCAGGUGUGUGUCUGUGUCUGGUAAUUUCUUUUCUUUUUUCACUCAGUAGGUAGAAAAUUCGGAAAUUUAACUCAAGUAAGAGUAGGAAUAAUUAAUAAAAUUACUCAAGUAAAAGUAAAACGUACAUUUUUUUCAACAAAGUUACAGAGGUAAAUGUAACUGGUUUCCUUUCACUGGUUUGAAACCAGAACAAAACGCCGAUAUGUUUAAUCGAUUGGACAAUUCGAACACAGAAUGAGGCUUGAAGUGAGUUUUCUAAAAGCAGAUCCAAUAUAAAUCUCAGUCUUUUGCUUUUUCUUUUGUCAUAAUCAGUAACGAUGCCUUUAAAUUUUAGGACUUUUGUGAACAAUGGUGUGAAUAAUGUGUUUUGUAAUCAACAUGAACGAUAGUAGUAUUGUAUACUAUCAAUGUUAAAUGGUGCCGGCUUGGUUUGGGUGGGAAACGGGGAAAGGAGUCCAACGGCUUUUCCAGCCAACUCCAUUAAAUACUGUAAAUGUACAAAGUGUUUUUAAUGAUGGACAUCGUAUAAACUAUUUGCUAUAUCUGUUUGACGAACAAUGUUCAUGUGAAUGGUUGGUGGAGUUUCUUUUUGUCAAACUGUGAAUUCAUUUCAUCAUGUAGGUGUAAUAUGUAAUGGAAAGUGUAUGUUGUAGGAAACUGUCACACACUGCUUUCAUGCUAUUUGAAUGCUGAGUCAUAUUGUUUUAUAUUUAUAUUUUUAUACUUAUUUUCUUAAUAAAAUGAUCUG